GCAGGACCAAAAUGUGCAAGUAUUAAGACUUGUUCCCAUGUUUCAUUGCUAUAUGUAUUCAAAUAAUUGUCUUUUUUUUUACAACAUAUUCAAAUAAUUGUCUAACCAAACUGUUAAUAGUUUUUAACAUAUUCUUAUAUUGACUGUCCACACAUUUUCAUUCAGAAAUACCGAAAAUAGUAACAAUUUUAUUGGAAUUAUAAAUUCCCGAAUCUAAUAUUAUUAUUAUUAAAAAAUUACUUUAAAAUCGGUUUGUUAAAUUGUUAUUCUCCUUUUGUCAUGAGCAACCUAAAAUCUCAUAAUCGACCUUUCAUCCAAACACCAUUUUCUUUCAUUGAACCAAACAAUCUUUUCGUGUACAUUAAUAGACUCUUUGUGCACCAUUAUUAUCCCUUUGUCAUCGAUAUAAACACAUAUAUCCAGUUGCUAUUUACCCACAAAUGAAGGAAAGGCAAGAGGGAGAUGACAUGAUGCAAAGGAACUCUAACAACAGCAACAUCUCCAAUAACUCACCUCCACAUCAAGCUUGUGCUUCAUGCAAACGCCAGAGAAAGAAAUGCAACAACGAAUGCAUCUUAUCGCCUUAUUUUCCAGCUCGCAAGACCAAGGAGUUUCAGGCUGUUCACAAAGUGUUUGGUGUUAGUAACGUACAGAAAAUGGUACGGACCGUACGUGAAGAGGACCGCCCUAAGCUGACUGAUUCUUUGACAUGGGAAGCUCUAUGGAGACAGAAAGAUCCGGUCCUUGGCUCUUAUGGAGAGUACAUGAGGCAGAGUGAAGAGCUCAAGCUGUACAAAAGCUUAAUUCAUAACCAAUCUCUUGUUACUUGGGAUAAUAAUAAUAAUCAACAACGUGUAUUCAACAAUAGCAAUAACAACAAGAACGGAUCAGCGUUAAACUCGAGUGGCUCGGGUGGGUUUAGUGUUGUUAAUAACAAUGGUGUUGGUGUGAAUCGGGAGAUUAUAAACGGUGGAUAUACAUCAAGGAAUUUGCAAGGUGGCUGGGGAAAUUUAAAGCAAGAUCAAAGGCAACAAUGUUAUGCUGUGAUUAAUGGGUUUAAACAUCAUCUCCCACACUAAGUAAUUCUAGCUUAUUAUACAUUGUUGAGUUUUUUUCUUUUUUAUUUUUAAUGCGAUUCGUAGUGUAUUUUAUAUGAUUGUGAAUUGUGUAAUUGAGGUGUAAUGGUGUUAGAGCCAUAAAUAACGGCCGAAUAAAAACUAAAAGAGUUGUAUGCUUAUUAAUUGGUGCGAAUAUAAGUUACAUUUCAUAGGAUUAAAAUUCAUUUAACGAACUUAGUCGUUGAACCGAGUUUCCGGUUAAACGCAAACCCAUUGAAUAUAUAUCCGGUUAGGUUUAACACACGUAAAACUCCGAACACAAGAGAAGCUGUUAUUUAUUGCGUGCAAAAUCAAAAGCCAGUCUACACUUGGGGAAGAGUUUUUUUUUUCUUUCAAGAUGCAAUAACAAAGAAAAGGUUUGUGAAAAAUAUUAAGGCAUAGCAAAGAGAUGGAAGGUGAUAAGUGGCCAAAACAAAUCUGCUUGAUAACAAGCUUACAAAACACAAGUCAUCAAGAAUCAGUUGUGAUGCUUUUUGCUGAUUCAAAAGCCCUAACUAAGAAAAUAU